GGCGGCGGCGGCGGCGGCGUAUUGGUGUGGUUUGGUUCUACGUAUUACCCGUAGUUUCAUGCUAUCAAGGCGGAAGUGGCAAUGAUUGGCUACAGCGCUACCUGGUAUUAGUGUUUUUGCUCUCAAUUACAGCCACAAAUAUAUAACAUAAAUGCUAAGUUAAUUAAAUACAGAGACACCUGGUUUUGAAAUAUGUUGUUUCACAGUACGUCCAUCUGAAAUGGGACGCCAUAGCUUUCUGUCUUCUCCUAUGUGGAGGUAAACUGUUCCUAGCUAGCAAGUCAUCUUACUAACUUACUCGUUCCUUAAAGUGUCCGUCAGCUAGCAAGAUGAAAGUCCGCUCGUCUGUUUUUGCCUCGUUUAUCUUAAUAUUUGAAGUGUUUGGCAUUGCCCUCUUCCUGCGGGGAUUUUUUCCUGUACCUGUCAAGUCUUCCCUCUCAUCCAAGAGCAAGCUGUCAGAUCUGCCCGCGGAGCCGCUGUCAGGGAGCUCUCCCAAUUCCUCUCGCCUCCCCCAACCCCUUUUUAAAAGGGUGGUGAUAAUGCUCGUGGAUGCGCUCCGGGAGGACUUCGUGUUCGGACCCAGUGGUCGCAUGUACAUGCCCUACACCAGACAUGUGGUGGAAAGAGGCUCAUCGCACAGUUUUGUGGCCAAGGCAAGACCUCCAACAGUCACCAUGCCCAGGAUCAAGGCUCUUACCACUGGCAGUAUCCCAGGCUUCAUUGAUGUGGUAAUGAACCUAAAUUCUCCUGCACUGCUGGAAGACAACCUCAUUUGGCAGGCCAAAACAGCACGGAAGAGGAUAGUUUUCUACGGAGAUGACACCUGGGUGCGCCUCUUCCCCAAACACUUCAUGGAGUACGAUGGCACAACCUCCUUCUUUGUAUCCGACUACACUGAGGUCGACAACAAUGUGACCCGUCAUUUGGACAGCACCCUCAAGAGGGAUGACUGGGACAUUCUGAUCCUUCACUACUUAGGCCUGGACCACAUUGGUCAUAUCAGCGGACCCCACAGUUCACUCAUCCAGCCCAAACUGCUGGAGAUGGACGACAUCCUGAAGAAGAUUCACAGUGCCCUCAUUUUAAAGGAGGCAGAGGGAUCUCUGCCCUACCUACUGGUGCUGUGUGGAGACCACGGCAUGUCGGAGACCGGCAGCCAUGGAGGCUCUUCAGAGCCAGAAGUCAAUACGCCGCUGGUGCUCAUAAGUCCAGCCUUCAAAAGAAAAGUGGGAAUGGAGAAGCCUGGAGUGGUUGAGCAGGUUGAUCUGACCCCGACCCUGGCCCUGGGACUCGGCCUGCCUAUAUCUCAAAACAGCGUGGGCCACGUCAUCCCGGGUGUCUUGGAAGAAACCUCACUCCGAGACCAGCUGCGCUUCCUGCAUCUCAAUGGCCACCAGCUCAGCUGCCUGCUCAAAGACAGCAUACCCAACUAUGAGAAAGAGGCCGGCUUUGAGCAGUUCCGCGUGGCAGAAAAGGCUCAUGGGAGCUGGAUGAAGCUCUACAUGGAGGGAAAUACCUCGGAGGUGCUGACAAACAUGGGGAAAAAAGUCCUGAAGCAGUACCUGGAGGCCCUGGCCGCCAUGAGCUCAGCUCUCAGCAAACAGCUGGGCAAGUACGACAUGUACUCCAUGAUCGCAGGCAUGGUCUUUGUGUUUCAGCUCCUGCUGCUCUUACUGCUGGCUAUGCCUGAAGCCCUCAGUGGCGCAGCAGCAGUGGACCUCCCAGUCCUCUCAGCCCUGCUCUCUCUGCCUUUCUACCUCAUGUGCCUGCUGCUCGCCUCGGUUCACGUCUUGGUGUGCACAUCUGCCGAGAGCUCCUGUUACCUCUGCAGCCUCUCCUGGGGUCUCGUCUUCGCUGCUGUUGCCUUCUCCUCAACAAUGUUUUGUAUCCUGGUCUCCAUGGCAACACGCAGACUCUUCCCAGGGCCGAAGAUUCACGGGAAGUCUCCACUGAGGAGCGGCGGCAGUGAGUGGUCGCUGUCAGAGCUGGAUGUGUUGCUGCUGGCUGGCACCAUUGGACACACUCUCAGCUUGGCGGCCAGCAGCUUCGUAGAGGAAGAGCAUCAAACUUGGUACUUUCUGCUCAACACCCUCUGCCUCGCCGUCUUCCAGGAUGUCUGUCGCAAGUACUUCAGAGAGAAGAACGGCUCAGGAGAAGAAGAAGAGCACAUCCUCCCCUCCAAAGACUGCCGUCCCUCUGCUCACCCUAAGGCAGAGAUUUGCUCAGAGAAGUGGCUAGCAUUAGCCACACCGCCCUUCACUCUGGCCUGCUGCCGGCUGCUCCGCUCUCUCAACCAGACCGGGGUCCAGUGGGCUCAUCUUCCAGACGUUGGACAUUGGCUGAACAGCUCCGAACACAAGAUGGUUCUUUCCCUGCUGGCUGCUUUCUGUUUGGUUCUCAUCUACCUCCUGGUUCAAAGACGGUGCUCAUGGGUCUCAAAGGUAGCCCUCGCCCUCGGACUUCUGGGUGUCUACAGCUACCGGGCGGCUGUCGACAAUGUCUUGUUUCCCUGGCAACACUCUGGUCAUACUAUGUCCAAGGGAACAGUGGAGGCACGCUUUGUUUAUGUCUUCGUUUUGGGCAUCCUCUUCACGGGCACCAAGGACCUGCUGCGAUCCCAGAUCAUCACAGCAGAUGCCAAACUGAAGAGCAGGGGAUUGUGGGAGAUUUACAGCGGCUUGGUUUUGUUGGUUUCGCUGUUGUUUCGAGCUCACAACCUGCCAGUGCUGUGCUGCUGCCUGUUGAUCCAGACGCUCAUGGCUCAGUUUAUCUGGAAGAAACUCCACUACGACGCAGCCCAGACCACCAUCAUGCACUACUGGUUUGGACAGGCCUUCUUUUACUUUCAGGGCAAUUCCAACAACAUUGCCACCGUCGACAUUUCGGUCGGAUUCAUUGGACUGGAAAGUUACGUAGAAGCACCUGCCAUCUUCUUGACAGCGCUCAACACUUACGCAGGGCCGCUGCUCUGGGCGUGUCACCUCGUCUGCUACCUCAGCUCAGAGAGAGACAGGAGCCCGGUUGCAGUCGGCCAUGGUUGCUACUGUUUGGCUCUGCUGAGGUCCGUGCCAGCUGCAGCCUACAUUGUGCUGGUAACUGUUCUGCGCUACCAUCUCUUCAUAUGGAGCGUCUUUUCACCCAAAUUACUGUACGAGUCCAUGCACCUGCUGCUGACUGCGGGAGUCUGUCUCUUCUUCAACACGAUGGAGCAGAGCCACAGCUCCAGUAAGUCUUAGGCAGCCAAAGACGCAGAUCCUCCAUUAAGGAAUCCUCUUAAGUGAAAGGGUCGGACGCAAUUCUGUUUCUGAGAGACACUUGUAAAGACUGAUGCGCACUACAAUAUGCUUAUCCUCACUCAGCAACACACUGAUCUGUUCACAAUACGUGAAUAGAUGCUUCAGAAAGAGCCCAUUCUCUGGACUCUCUGCGUCUGCGUUGCAAAGAUGCUUUAAGAAGACACUUACAAUGCAUUUUUGUGAGCAUUUGAUUUAGUAUUUCAUUCUUUCCAAGGAGAAAAUGUUUGAUGAGAAUGAGAAAUGAAUGAUGAGAAAUAAUUGAAUGAUGUAAAUAAGAUUUUUAAGAAUAACUUUUUGUGGUGUGUAUGUAUACACACCACAUAUUACCUCAGGGACUGGUGUACAGUGAGCCGUAGCAGCGCUACGCAGACAACAGUGCAGAGUUUGAUGUUUUGGCUCCAUGGGUAAUUUAAUGACUUUAAUACCACAGAGGAGAAGAUGCUGUGAUUAUGUUGAGCAGAGUGUAAACAUGUGAUGUUUGGAUGUUUACGGAGCUGAACUCUUUUGAUGACAGCCACCAAACUCAAAACGCCUUUUUGCCACAGUAGAAAAAGUUCAGGUAUUAUUAAUAAAACUAAUGAAUUCCAUGUAGCUGGCUCAAGUUUCAGGGUCCUGGUUUUGUGCCUGUUGGCUCACUGUCACACUGUCAUGACUUACUGGGACACUUUAAUACAACAGAGCCAUUGUUAAUAUUAAUACCUGUGAUUUUCCUACUGUGACGAGUCAAAACGUCUGCUGUGCAAAAGGCCUAUCGACUAAUCGUAAAGGUUUAUGAAGUCCUGCUCUAAGAGGAACCAAAAGAGUGAGGGGGGUGGCAAUCAAGUUGAGUCUGUGCCUGCCCACACCAACAGUAUUCAGCCCAUAUUGACUAAAUUUAUUCAUUACACAAUUUUCAGUAAAUAAAAAAAACCCCAUGUACGUAGUUCUCAGUUUAGUCCAGACCUCCAGAAUCUGAACCUGGUCCCACUAAAGGAAAUGUCACGAUGUUUGAAUUGCAGCGCAUGUUGCAGACCUCAAACUGAAAUUUAUUCAUUCAGUAGCAAUUUUAGAGUCUUGGCAAACAUGUCUACCUCAUAUGUCAACUAGAGGUGUGACGCCCAUUAAGAACACCAGACACACGUUUUUAUUUACAGCCUGUUUUAUUUCAGUGCAUCUCAAUGAGGGUUUAGCUGUAGUUAUUUCAGGCACAAAAUCUGUCUCAGGCAGCACGUAGAGGAGACUCGAUGAAAUUGGCAUACAAACCCAGGAAUCAGUUAUCAAGUCGUUCCUCGCCAUAAAUAUAUUUCAUGUAUAUUUUUCUCCUUCUUACAUUUUCUGCUUAAUCCUACUGAGGCAGGAUGUAAAAUCACAAAUACUGAGCUCAGAGUUAGAAACAGCCAUCAUUCAUCUGCAGCGCUGCUUCAAGAAGAUGUGAACCAAUUCAGUGCACUCUCCUCUCUGCUUUUGUGUUUUUAUCUUUAUUCCCCACAUUGUUCAGUAGUGGGAUGAUAUUCAUGUUUUGCUGAAAGAACAUUAUUCCAGAUAUACAUUACAAUUGUAAAUGUGGAACUCGUAUAACUUCUAGAGUCUGGCAGCGCACUGCAGACUGAGAAACUUCUCUAACUUCUACUCAAUCUCUUCCUUCAUCACUGAGAAUACUUCCAAAGUAAAGCUGGCUAUCAUCCAAAGCAAUAAGAAUAUGGAGCCAAAAGAGCAAACAAUGUGUCGCUGUCUGGGUACUUAUGGAGCAUACUGUAUUAUUACAGUAUCUAACUCGCUGCUUGGACUCCAUUUUCAAAGUAAAAUUAGAAAAUGGAAAUAUAGAGCAGCAGUUACAGUCCAGGUCUCAUCAAAUGUCAUGAACCCGCCCCUUCUGAAACGUCACUUCCUCAUGUUUGUUUGUGAUAUUUGUGUCAUAGAAAUCCCAUACGCAGGAAUACGGUCUUUUACUUCAGCGGGAUGUUACAAAGUAAGAGUUUAAGCUUCAGCUGCAGCAAUUAUUUUGUUGCAUUAUGGGUAACUAUCAUGUCAUUGAACAGCUGUGACUACUUCAAAGCUUCCUGCUGAUUAUAACCUGGCAGUUCUUACAUCAUUACCCUUUGGGAUUUGUCCAAAAGAAAACAAAUCAAGUUGAAAGAUUUUAGCGUUAAAGCCACAGUGUGCAACUUUUCACCUCCAGGCAGUAAAGUGAAUUGUAAGUUUCCCGCCCCAACACUUGUCACUCACCUUGAUGAGCUGUCUGCCUUUAAACAACAUCUCGCCUGAGGCUAAGAUCGCUGACAUCCCCCAAGCCGCCACAGGCGUCAGAGAAGCAGAUGCCAAACCAAGAAAGUACAAAAAAAAACAGCAAUGCUGAUGUUCAGUGUGUUUUUUUGCAAGAUUUUGUCUGAUGCAAGACAAGCUUUACGCUUUAUUUGGCUGCCGUCGCAGUUGUUGCUGUGGCUCACCUUGACAGGGACAGGGACCUCAACGCCGACUACACCGGCAGAAAAUGGAAUUUAAAUGUCCUGAACAACAUUGAAAAGUCAGACAAACAAGAGGAUUUCCAUUGGAAUGGACAGGGUCACUGACAGACAUACACUGCAUAUGGAUCACAGCAGGUUAGCUGGUUUGCAUCAGAAGCAGGACACAUUUAGCUUUGAGGUAUCCAGGCUCAAAGCUGAAUUGAUCCUUUUCUAAAUUGGCAGCACACUGUCAAGUGCCUUCCCUCUCUGUGGCUGAAUACAGACUCUCACACAGACUUCAGACAAAGGCUGAUGGAAAUAGUUUGUGAAGCAGAUAAUCAUCUACAUCACUCACGAGGAUUAUUCUGUCAGUGUUCAGUAUGCUUCAUAUCACUGUGCUUGUCUAAUGACCAUCGUAACGUCUUGGCAAACUGAAAUCUUAAAAGAAAAAGUUCAACAUUUUUCCAGACGAUCAGAAGAGACUCCAGUAAACCACAACUUGUUGUUUUUACACUUUAGUUUUUGUGUGGUUUAUACAAAUGAAAUUUCACAUGCUCUUCUGUAACAUUUGGGACAGUCAGGCUAAUUGUUUCCCUCUGUUUCCAGUCUUUAUGCUAAGCUAGCGUCAUAUUUCCCAUACAGACACAAGAUGCUAUUGAUCUUCUCAUCUAGCUCUGUGUUUGUCUUUGUCAUGUAAAACAACACACAAUGUUUAUUCUUUUUUUUUUUAUUAUUAUUAUUAUUAUUGUAAUUUAAAAUGAACAGCGAAACAUCUUCUCAGAUGGAAAUGGAUUUUCUGCUCUGAGAGAUGAAAAUGAAUGUUGCUGGUGUUGUUGGUGGACUGCUCGGUGUGUUUUUACAGUGCUGAAGAUGAAUGAUGUUUGAUAGAGCAGCGUCCCUCUGCAUCUCAUCAGCUACGUUGCACUGAAGUGAAAACCCGAUAAAGAGUUUGAGAAGCUGCGGUAGUACUUUGAGACGCAGAGUUUGAUAAUAUCAUUACAGCGGUGGCAGCGGCAGAUUUUCUGCCAGUGGCCAGAACUGUGAUUAGUUUUUCUUUGGGUUUUCUGUUGAUGAAGUUUGGGUUUCUAUAGGGGACUUUUCUGUUUUGUUUUUCAUUGUCCGUUCAUAGAUUCUGUUCAUUCUAAACAAACCAGAAGUGUAAAAAAGACACUGAGUAGAUGUGAAACCUCGUGACCGGAGGCUGAGCCGGUCAGGAGGUCGUGAGUAGAGCCGCAGAAACAUUAUAGAUAAUCACUUUGACUGGUGAGAAUGGGUGAACAGGGAGUGGUGCCUGGAUCAGUCACUGGAGUUAACUGUUUUUUCAGCUUACAGAGGAAAAAGUGAAUUUUGAUCCUGACCUUUUUUUGUCUUAAGUGGAUUUAUUUUUUUUGUAAAACCUCAUGGAUCCUGUGUAAAACGUGUCUGCAGCGGUGCACGAAGACGCCUCACAGCAGCUUCUCACAAAUCUGAUGGGACAACACUUUCUGUGUGAAAUCAUUCCUCUGUAUCCAAAUCUCCAACAGCCCAUGAAAUGGAUCAGAAUAACUGUGGAAUCCGCAUGGUUGAAAGAUUUUUAGCAUGUGUUAGCGAUACAGUUUUACAUCAGAUGAAAAGUGCACUCCUUUCUGUGUGUUUGUGCAGAUGUGGGCCUCCAAUAGUCCUCACAACAUUUUGUUUUAAUAGGUUUAUUUUGAAGUGUCACUCUUAUCAAACCUACUGUUGUCUGUUGGUUUAACUAUUGAAAAAGCAAACCUAUAUCUAUAUAAUGCACCUGUAGGAUUUACAAAACAGGUUUUGGGGAGAGUUUUGUUUUUCUUUCUUUCUUUCUUCGUUUAGUAAAAUGUCUGAUUAAAAGGAAAACACAAACGGCUCAAAUCUGUGUUGAAUGACUAAGAUCUGCGUGUUUUCCAUUCUGAUCCUACCUGUUUUUAUGUAGUUCACAGUAACCAUGCAGUUCAUCCUGUCUAGUAUAUGGAUAUGUAAUUUUUUUCACCCUGUUUUUCUGUGAUUCGUUUUUGUCAGGUGUGUUGAACUUGAUGAAAUCACCUGGUUUCUGAUUUCCUGGUGUUUUGGGGUUUUUGGCUUCUUUGUUUUUGUUCUGUAACAAAUGUGAAAUGAAAGAACUAUUUACCAAAAUAAUGGGUUUUUUUUCAAAUCAAGAAUCAUUCUUGCAUUAUUUAUGUUCCUAACAAAAUAAACAAAAUAAAUGCUUUGCUCUGUA